UUAAAAUCGGCAAUAACACUUGCCAUCCAUCAUAUUUAUAUGUACUGAUUACAGUAUUCUGCCACCCCAACAGGCAGCUAAAACAGAAGACAAUAGAGGAAAAAAGAACUCAAGACUGGUGAGGCAAGUCAUGCAAUCACAUUUGAAAAAAAACAGUGAACAAGUCCUCCCUAUCAAGAAUUCUGAAUUGUUUCUAUGUACAAACAGAUCAACCUAGCUUUCACUUUGAAGCUCAGUAAUGUAUUUCUUCUUUUAUUCCAAACAAUAACUCAAUGUUAAUUCUGCAGAACCAAUAAAAAUUGUCUGAUUCCAAAUCCAAACAAAAAAAGGAGCCUCAAUUAACCAUUUUGCAGAAACCAGUAAACGUUUCUGCAAUUAAUCAGGAAAACAAAAAAGGAAACGUGCAGUUUGAUCUAAUUCUUCUGCAACUUAGCAAAGGCCACAGAGAUUGUCAUCAAAUUCACUGUUUCUAGCCCUUGAAAUACAGGACAAAACUUUAAAAAAGGCUUGUUAAGCUAAAGUUGCAGAUUUCUUUCCUUUAUUUCUUUUAGGGAUACCUUCAUCUUUUCCCAUAAUCAUUCUCGACAGUAUAUCUGCUUGCUUAGUGUUUCCUUCUGCAUUGAGGGUCUUGAUUAAGUCUUCAUAGCUGCGCCGAUCUGUGACUCCCCCUUUCUCUGUUAUUUUAGUCAAAAUGGAAUAUGCAUUGAGAGUUUUCCCAGCUGCUAACAGAGCAUCCAAGACUUUGUCAUAGGUGGUGAAGUCAAUGUCACAAUCUCUCUGUAAACCGAAGUCUAAUAACUUCAGAGCAGCAAUUGUCUUUCCUUUAUCACACAGAACCGACAAAAGAUCAUCAAAAUUAGGCGAAAGACCACUAUGCAUUAGUAAUUCAAUUCUUCCCAGAGCUUCCUCAACGUGACCUCUCAAAAGCAAUGCUUCCAGGAUUUUAGAAUUCAAAUCCAUAUGUUCUUUCACUCCCUUCUCCACCAUGGUCAUCAUCACCCUACUUGCUGUCUGAACCCUUCCAUCUGCAAACAAGCUCUCCAUCACUGAUCUAUACAGUGACGAAUCCGGGAGAUAUCCAUUCUCUAUCAUACCAUCCAAAGCUAUUUUAGCAUCUGCAGGCUCACCCUUACUCAAGUAACACUCGAUAAGUGAUCUGUGGGAACUUUCUUCUGAAGCAACCUUCCUUCUACCCAUGAUUUGUAAGAGUUCAGAAGCUGACUCAGUAUUCCCUUCUUUUGAAUGGCCGUGGAUCAGAUUAUUGAAGGCCAAUUCAUCUUGGACACCCAUUUUCAUCAACUGCCGCAACAAGGUUUCCGCUUUUCCUGUCUGGCCAUUAUUGCAUAGAUACUCAAUUACAAGGUUGUAUGCACUUGGCUCCAUCUGCAAAGUACUCUGUGGUCUCAAGAUGAUUUCCUUCUCAAUAAGCUUAUCCAACAAACUAACUGCUCGCUCAUAAUUACCAGCUUUGCAAUAAUUCUCAAUCAGAAUACCAUAGUGCCCAGCCUCAGUUGGAAUACUCAAUCUUAUCAUAGCUCUGAGGACAUCGGAAGCUGCAUCCAGAUCACCCGCUUUGCACUGUGCAGACAUCAUUCUGAUGAAAAUUGAGUUAUCCUUAGGAGCAAUAUGUUUCUCAACCAUCUCCUUCAGUAUAAUCUUAGCUUCAGACAUCUUUUCUGCUUCACACAGCCCAGGCAACAAUGUCGAGUACGUAAUGGCAUUUGCCUUAAUCCCAUAGUUUUUCAUCUCUUCAAACAAUCUCAAUGCAUCAUCAACUUUUAAAGAAGAAACAUACCCUUUAAUCAAUGUAGUAUAAGUAAUCACUGUAGGCUCCAUAUUCUUUCCCUUCAGCUCUAUAAAGUACUUCUCAGCCUCCUCCAUAUUUUUAAAACGGCAACAACCAUUGAUCAUGGUGUUAUAAGUAACGACGUCAGGAGAAAUUUCCCUAGCUUUCAUCUCCUCAAAGAAUCUUAGUGCUGUCUCUACUUUUGACGAAAGAAAGAACCCCCAAAUCAUAAGAUUAUAGGUAUGCCUAGUUGGCUCUAUCCCCUCAUUUACCAUCUUAUUAAAAUACCUCUUGGCCAUUCCAGUCCGCCCUUUUCGCAUUAUAACCUUGAACAAAGUAUCAUAAGAUUUUACGGUCCUCUUAACCCCCAAUUCCUCCAUUUUCUGAAACAAGGUCACACUUUCCUGAACAAUGCCUGCACUACCAUAACUAUCAAUUAACAUAACCCACAUGUCCUCAUCCCAUUCAACCCCUUUCUUAGGCAUAUCCAAAAGAAUGAGCCUAGCAUGAUUAAGCUUCGAAGCACGACCUAAGAUCUCAAUAAUUUUCAUAUGGGUUUCUCUGUUAUGCUGGAAAAGUCCAGACCUUUCUACCCACCUAAAGAACUGAAGGGCGUGUUCAGAAUUUUUGGCACUAUGAAGCACAUUAUAAACAAUUUCAUGAUCAAAAGAAGGGACUAAUCUACGAAUUGAAUUCUGUAAACGGGUAGUCCAAGCACGAUUAGCCAUCAUUCUACAGAUUAUAUCCUCCAACUUUUCUGGCGUUCGAUGCUUACCUCUUGGACUUCUGGAAGCCUCUGUCGCAAAAACAGCAUCGGAGGAUUCCGUCCUACUGGGUCUUGGUGAAGACCGAGGUGUUUCCUGAUCCGGGUUGGGACUUUCUUGGUCUGUGUUGGCCGGGUUCGGAGAAGUCGACGAGCAGAAAAAGGACAGCAACUUAAUGGAAUGUGGGGUGUUGCGGAUCUUUGUGAAUUUAGGAUGGAAAUGAGCCGGUUUGGAUGCGGCAAGAUAGGCCAUUUUCAUUGAUCUUUGAGAACUUUUCAUCUCUAAAUCGAGAUUGAGAAUUAAAAAGGGUGAUUCAGUUCAGGCUGAAUGGAGAGAAGAGAGACCGGAGAGAUGGAUGAAAAAGGCCGGAAGUCCCACUACUUGAGUGUAGCUGCGGGGCUUUUACUCUGUUUUAGGGUUUAAGAGAUUAGACAGAGGACGAUGUUUUUGUUAUUUUUUAACCCUUUUGGUUGGUUGUAAUUUUCCAAUUAUUUCACCUUUCUUUUUUUUCUUUUUUUGCCUGUUAUCUGUAGUAAUUUUCUUUUUAUAUUAUGGGUUUGGUGGAAAAGGGUUGGUAUAAAAAGGCUGCUGGAAAUGGCCUAAAUUAUUGCAAAUUUGCAAUCUUUAUAAGGACUUUCUUCAACCUGACAGUAUAUAAUUUCAUAGCUUCGGCCACGUUACUGAUAUUCACAGGGACAGAGAGGGUUGGUGAAGAAGGUGAGUGUCAAAUCCAAAUUAGGACAAAUGGGACCAAUCUUGAUUUCUUCAUAACUUUCACAAUCCCUCCCCCGCCAAACCAAACUUCCCUUUUGGAUUCUUGGUCUUCAUUUCGUUUCUAGCACUCUCACCUACCCUCUCCAUCCAUCUUCUUCAUCUCCUCGUUAACACUGCUUACCAAACUCCUUAAAAGGGGAGGAAAAAAAAGGGAACCUUUUAUCCUCUGUUUUUGCAGACGAGAAAAUGGCACAAGCUAUUCAAGCCCUUCAAUUUACAACCCCUAACCUCUCAAAACCAAAAACCCUUUGUUCUGCUCCUCCACAUUCUUUAAUUUUUGGAUCAAGAGUUGUGGGAAGUUCAGAAAAAUAUUCAUGGGUUUUGAAUAAGUAUUCAAAUUUGACAUUGAGUAGAGGCCCUUUUAAGGUUUUGGCUUCAAUGACCACAGCCGAGAAACCUUCUACUUUGCCGGAGAUUGUGCUGCAGCCCAUUGAGGAGAUCUCUGGGACAGUCAAAUUGCCUGGCUCGAAAUCUCUUUCCAAUCGUAUUCUCCUGCUCGCUGCCCUCUCUGAGGGAACAACUGUUGUUGACAACUUAUUGGCAAGUGAUGAUAUCCAUUACAUGCUUGGUGCCUUGAGAACUCUUGGUCUGAAUGUAGAAGAGAAUAGAACAAUACAGCAAGCCAUUGUGGAGGGCAGUGGUGGUCUGUUUCCUGUUGGUAAGGAAUCUAAAGGUGAAAUUCAACUAUUCCUUGGAAAUGCAGGAACAGCUAUGCGGCCAUUGACUGCUGCAGUUGUAGCUGCCGGUGGACAUUCAAGCUAUGUUCUUGAUGGCGUUCCUAGAAUGCGUGAGCGACCCAUCGGUGAUUUGGUCUCUGGGCUUAAGCAGCUUGGUUGUGAUGUUGAUUGCUACCUUGGGACAAAUUGCCCCCCAGUUCGUGUCGUGGGAAAGGGAGGCCUUCCCGGGGGAAAGGUGAAGCUCUCUGGAUCAGUCAGUAGUCAGUACCUUACUGCCUUACUCAUGGCAGCUCCCCUUGCUCGAGGAGAUGUGGAGAUUGAAAUAGUUGAUAAACUGAUUUCUGUUCCUUAUGUUGAGAUGACCCUGAAAUUGAUGGAACGCUUUGGGGUUUCUGUAGAACACAGCGAUAGCUGGGACAAGUUCUUGAUACACGGAGGUCAGAAAUACAAGUCUCCUGGUAAAGCUUAUGUUGAAGGUGAUGCAUCAAGUGCUAGUUACUUCUUGGCUGGUGCAGCUGUCACCGGUGGAACUAUCACUGUUGAAGGUUGUGGAACAAGCAGUUUGCAGGGGGAUGUCAAAUUUGCUGAGGUUCUUGAGCAGAUGGGUGCGAAAGUUUCCUGGACAGAAAACAGUGUAACUGUCACUGGACCACCAAGGGAAUCUUUUGGGAAGAAACACCUGCGAGCUAUUGAUGUCAACAUGAACAAAAUGCCAGAUGUUGCCAUGACUCUGGCCGUAGUUGCACUUUUUGCUGAUGGUCCGACUGCCAUUAGAGAUGUGGCUAGCUGGAGAGUCAAGGAAACCGAGCGGAUGAUUGCUAUAUGCACAGAACUUAGAAAGCUAGGUGCAACGGUUGAGGAAGGGCCCGACUACUGCAUAAUUACUCCACCAGAGAAAUUAAACGUCACAUCAAUUGAUACAUACGAUGAUCACAGAAUGGCCAUGGCUUUCUCCCUUGCGGCGUGUGCAGAAGUGCCAGUGACCAUUAAGGAUCCCAGUUGUACACGUAAAACCUUCCCAGAUUACUUCGAUGUCCUUCAAAGGGUCUCAAAGCAUUAAUCGAUAUUUCCAAAAUCAAGUGUAUUAUCCAAAGAAUGUGCGCAAGCUUGAAGAGGCUGCUACAAGAAUGAAGUUCCCUACCUAAUUUUAAGAUAUAGAGUGAGAGGCUGCCAGCAGCAUCCUUGAUUUUCGUUGGUAAGACUGCUCAAUAUGAAGCAGCUAGUCAAAGCUUGUUUGUUGAGUUUUGGUAAAAUACAUGAAGUUAUGCAUUACUUUUUUUUCCGACCUACGACUCAGAAUCUUUGUAAAAAUAGUGUACCUUGAAGAGUUUGUGGACAUGUAGUGCCAGCAGGGAAGCUUUCAAUGUUGUUUUUGCUUUCAUUUCGAAGUCAUGAAAGUGAAUGGUCUUAACACAAUGCAUUUCCCCAUUCUCAGCUUCCCUUGAUAUAUAUGUUUCAGAUCCCUACAAAUUCAUGGCUGUGACACUGAGAUUGUGAGUUGGCAAAGUUUACAACAUUAGCAUCAUGAAACCUUCAACUGUGUUGAGAAAAUUCGGACAGAUUAGAGGAAAUUGCACCCGAUGUUUAAAUUCACAAUCCAAAUUAAUUUUGAUUCUUAGAAAGUAACUCUUUUCCUCGCCUCUUUUAGAGGGAGAACAGAUUUUUUUUUUUUUUUUUUGAAAAGGGGAGAAUUGAUCUCACUGACUACUGACU